ACAAGAAGAAAACAAAACAACCUUUUAUAUAACUAGAAAGCAACAAAAAAAAAAAAAAGAUGAAAAUGAUGAAUGGAGAAGAUGCUACUGAUCAAAUGAUCAAAGAAAGCUUCUUCAUAACACAUGGAAACCCAAUAUUAACAGUAGAAGACACACAUCCAUUAAGACCUUUCUUUGAAACUUGGAGAGAGAAAAUCUUUUCUAAGAAACCUAAGGCAAUUCUUAUUAUUUCUGGUCAUUGGGAAACUGUUAAACCUACUGUUAAUGCUGUCCAUAUCAAUGAUACUAUCCAUGAUUUUGAUGACUAUCCUGCUGCUAUGUACCAGUUCAAGUAUCCAGCUCCUGGGGCACCAGAAUUGGCAAGAAAAGUAGAGGAAAUUCUGAAAAAAUCGGGUUUCGAAACGGCGGAAACUGACGAAAAACGCGGGCUUGAUCAUGGUGCAUGGGUACCUCUAAUGCUAAUGUAUCCUGAGGCUGAUAUACCAGUAUGUCAGCUCUCAGUUCAGCCGCAUUUAGAUGGAACAUACCACUACAACUUAGGGCGAGCAUUGGCUCCCUUGAAAAACGACGGCGUAUUAAUCAUUGGUUCAGGAAGUGCAACUCACCCUUUGGAUGAAACUCCUCAUUAUUUUGAUGGAGUUGCACCUUGGGCAGCUGCCUUUGAUUCAUGGCUUCGUAAAGCUCUCAUUAAUGGAAGGUUUGAAGAAGUGAAUAUAUAUGAAACCAAAGCACCAAAUUGGAAAUUAGCACAUCCUUUCCCAGAACAUUUUUAUCCAUUGCAUGUUGUUCUUGGCGCUGCUGGUGAAAAAUGGAAGGCUGAGCUUAUUCAUAGCAGUUGGGAUCAUGGCACCUUGUGUCACGGCUCCUACAAGUUCACUUCAGCCUAGUUUUACUUUUAAACACUAUAUAUGUCUAUGUUAUUCUACUUGGUAAUUUGCUAUGUGUUGUAGUUUUGAUUUGGUGUAUAAUUCUUUUCGUUUACUCCUUUUUUAUUCUUUUGAGUUAUUGUACUUGGUAUUUAGUGUUGUUUUGAUUU